AAGUUUUCUCCCAUUUGUCUGACUUUCCACGCGGCACACGGCUGUUGUCGUCUAUUAUUGAUCGUCCGUCAAACCUCAAUCCUCCCUCUCUUUUCCCCUCCUCCUCUCUCCUUCCCUUCCCUCUUUCUCCUCUCCCUCAACCCCGGACUUCUCCAUUCGGCGAGUUCGAUAGUCACUCGCUUUUGUGCGGUCUUGCUUCUCUUGCUUCUGUUGCCUCGCCCACUCUCGCUCUCACCUCACCUUCACCUCCGAAUCACAUCACCGCCAUCAUGAAGCUCUCCCUCACCCUCCUCGCCGCGGCCGCGGCCCUCACACCGUGCCUUGCGGACCAGACAUGGCCCUCCUCCAUUGACGAGCUUGAGGACAUCAUGUUCCUCACGGCAGGCUAUCGCAAGCGGACCUUCACUGACUCCGUGAUUCCCUGCGAGAAGAGCCCCAACACCGCCGGCCGCAUCAACGCCGCAGAAUGGAUCCGCACCGCCUUCCACGACAUGGCCACCGCGGACACCUACAAUGGCAUCGGUGGCCUUGAUGCCUCCCUCCAAUUCGAGAUUGGCCGCAGCGAGAACGUCGGGCCCGCCUUUGAGACCACUUUCAUCUUCCUCCAGGCUUUCCUAUCUGUGCGCUCCUCAAUCUCGGAUCUCCUUGCGCUGUCCAUGUAUACCGCUGUUCGCGCCUGUGGUGGGCCAAUUGUGCCCAUCCGCACAGGUAGAAUUGAUGCCACAGAGAGUGGAGCUACGGGAGUUCCAGUGCCAGAAAACCCGACUCAGACGUUUGUUGCUCAGUUUGCACGUAUGGGCUUCAACACGAGCGAGAUGAUUGAGCUCACUGCCUGUGGGCAUACCAUUGGCGGCGUGCAUGCUGCUCAGUUCCCAUUGAUCGUUCCCGUGGGGACAGCAAAGAAUGAAUAUGCGCUUUUUGACGAUGCUACGCAGGCUCAGUCCAAGUUUGACCAUGGCGUUGCGAGAGAUUAUGUCUUGGGAAAUACGACGAACCCGAUGGUAGUUGGUAUCGCCAAGGCCAAUGGGCGCGACUCUGACGGCCGCGUUUUUGGGGUUGACAAGAACGUCACCAUUAAGGCCCUGGCGAACCCCGUGGUGUUCCACGACCGCUGCAAGGUCGUCCUACAGCAGAUGAUCGAUGUCGUCCCACCGACGGUUAAACUCACGGAGCCAAUUCAGCCGUAUGAGAUCAAGCCCGUCAAUCCCCAGCUUACCCUUGUUGCUCCUGGCACCACUCUGUCGUUCACUGGAGAGAUCCGCGUGAGAACCACUGUUCGUGCGGCGGAUAAGAUUUCCAGCGUAAAGCUCGUGUACAAGAACCGCGAUGGCGAGGCUGGCGGAUCCAUCACGACUACGUCUGUAGGAGCUGCAUCCGGCUUUGAUGACUCGUUCACUUUCUACAAAUUUGCCGCCUCAAUUGAUUCCACGAAGAGUAUUUCUAGCUUCACCGUUGAGGUUGCCGUUGCUGAUGGCACCACUGAGACCCACGACAACAAUGGAAAGGGUUACCCGGUGGAGGACUCAGUGAUCCUACAGUCACCACAGAGUUGCUUAGAGAUUUUCACUGAUACUGAUAAUAACCGUGUACUGACCAUCGUUGCUGCCAAACGCACCGCAGUCACAGGCACCCCAGCCGUUGACCUAGCCUCCUUAAAGGCUAGAACCGGCGGUCUCGUCGUCCCUAUGCUCACACACUCCUCCCUCCCUAUGACAGCCGGCAAAUCCUAUGGUCCAUACACCUUCUACUCCGUGACCACCAAGAUCGGCUCCACCCUCUCUCUCCGCGCCACCUUUGACGUUACUCUGGGCACAGCCAAGGACGUCUUCAAGCGCACCUCCAACCUCCCCGAUGGAUGCGUCCCCUUUGGAUCCGACACAUCGACCUCCAUGGCCCCACCGACCACGACUCAGCAAUCAUCUACCACCGUAAGCCCUCCAACCUCAACCUCAACAACAACCCCGCCUCAAUCAUCAGGCUGGGCCUCCCUAGGAUGCUACACGGACUCCACCUCCUCCCGGACCCUCCCUGUCAUCGCUUCCCCGGCCGGCGGAUCUGCAGCCCUGACGAACGCCCUCUGCCAAUCCACCUGCAAGUCCCUCGGUUACGUCCUCGCUGGUACCGAAUACUCCGGAGAAUGCUACUGCGGGAACUACAUCUCGUCCACCGGAAAGCCCGCCACCUCCGGCUGCGACAUGGCCUGCCACGGCGACGCGGCACAGAAGUGCGGCGGCUCGGAUCGCCUGAGCCUCUUCGGCUUUGGCGGUGCGAAGGCAGCGGUGGCGCCAGUUCCCCAGAGUAAGAAGACCGUGGAGGGGGGGUAUAAGUACCAGGGUUGCUACGUGGAUUCGCGCGAUGCGAGAGUGCUGAGCGGUGCGGAGCUUGCGGAUGAUGCGUUGACUUUGAAGAAGUGCGCUUUUUUCUGUAAGGACGCCGGGUUCAAGGUGUUUGGUGUGGAGUAUGGCAGAGAGUGUUGGUGUGGAGCGGCAUUGGGAGCGGCGACGAAGGUGGGCGAGGAGCAGUGCAACCAGGCUUGUGGUGGGGAUGCGACCGAAGCCUGUGGGCAGGGGGAUCGUCUUAGUGUUUACGUGAAGUGAAGGCUUAGGAGGGAGUGGCAUAAAGGCGGUAUUUUCUUUUUGUUUGGGGUGAAGGGUGGAGGAGGAUAAUGGCAUGACGGGGAGGAGGAGAAAAAAAUAACGAACAGCAUUGGAGUAUAGUUUUGUUGUCGAUACAUAGAUUCUUGGUAUAUUGUUGGAUAAUAUUCGUUGCAAAUGCGAUGGUAUUUAAUUUUCUCACGCGCGUUCACAGCUUUAAUUUGUAUCAGGUCUCAUGUGCAGGUAUUAGGGGUCGGCUUGUGAAUGCCAGCAAAAUUUCUCACUAUCUAUGAGUAGUAGACAAGAUGAUAUCCAUCCCAGCUAACGCAUCCCAGAAAGUUCAUGAAGGGCACGGAGCCCCCCCGCAACCAUCGCAUCAUUAGCAUCCCCCGACCAUACAGUCUCGAAGCAACACUCAACUUCCUCAACCACGUCUCCUGCGCGAGAGCAAGACGUGCAAUCCUAACCCUAAAAAAAACACUUUAGCGACGGAUAUGGAAACAAAUAUACACAUCCAAAAAGUGGCAGAUAUUGCCUCCAGAGAACCCUGACGCUAACAUUCCCUAUAGAACAUGGAUAUCAAUCCUAAAGGAAUGCGCAUUUCAGCGCAUCUAUUUAUAAUUAUUUCUGUUGGUAGAAAGCAAUUUCGGAUAAUAUAUUUCCAACAGUGGUGCACAGCCCCGCCAAGGCACCGACCGAUGGAUGGAGGGGUAGUUUUGGAUAUGGAGCG